AUGUUGUUCGCCCGCGCGUUCCUGACGCUUCUUUCAUGCCUUUCCCUCGGCUCCGCUUACCACGACCUCAGCGACGAGACACUCAAGCACCUGCCUGGGCCAGGCGAUGAUUUCGACAUUAAAAAGGGCUCCUUGCUGGCGCCCAUUCUGGUCCCUAGAGUAUCAGGGACCGAGAGCAAUGCUGCCGUGCGCAAACACUUUGUAGACUUCUUUAAGUCACAGUUGCCCGAAUGGCGGAUAGAACUGCACAAUUCCUCGUCGACGACUCCCGUCAGUAAUGGAAAGGAAGUGCCUUUUGUCAAUAUCAUUGCCACGCGUGACCCUCCAGGCAGCUUGGAGGGCGAUGUGUCGAGGCUGGCGCUGGUCGCCCACUACGACAGCAAGUUCACGCCUCCGGGCUUCAUCGGAGCCACCGACAGUGCCGCCCCAUGCGCCAUGAUCUUGCAUAUCGUGCGCAGUAUCGACGCGGCUUUGACCAAGAAGUGGGCCGAGGCAAAGGGUGAUGACUUUGAAGUCGAGCACAAAGGCGUCCAAGUCUUGCUGCUGGAUGGCGAGGAGGCUUUCAAAUCCUGGACCGACACCGACAGUCUCUAUGGUGCCAGGGCUCUUGCUGGCGAUUGGGAGUCGACCUUCCAUGCCGCCGCUUCGAUCUACCGGACGCCCCUCGACUCCAUCGAACUCUUCGUCCUCCUUGACCUGUUAGGUUCCAAGAACCCACAAGUACCCUCGUACUUCUCAACCACUCACUGGGCGUACCAAAAUGUGGCAAAGAUCGAAGACCGCUUGCGCAAACUCGGUCUGAUGAAGUCAUCUCCAAAUCACAAGUCCAAAAUGGCAAAGCGUGAGAACAAGAAGCCUCGCGAGGAGAAACUCUUCCUGCCCGAAGCAUCUAAGCAAAGCACCAACUUCAUGGGUGGGUUUGUGCAGGACGACCACGUCCCCUUCAUGGCUCGUGGCGUUGAAAUUCUGCACAUGAUUCCCUCGCCAUUUCCAACUGUGUGGCACACAAUGGAGGAUGACGCAGAACAUCUAGAUAUGGACACGGUGGAGGAUUGGACUAAACUGUUCAUGGCUUUCACCGCUGAAUGGAUGGAGUUAGAGGGUUUCUUUGACUUUAAAAAGGAAAAGAGGGAAGAGACAGCGAAGUCGGAAUUGUAA